AUGAAACGAUCGCACGACGUUGGAGACCUCAUUCACCUCAGACACUGUUCUGGCUCGAGCGCAACAAUAUCGAGACUGGGUGCUACGGUACUGUCACUGCAAACACCACGAGCCGGCGAGAUGCUAUGGCUCAGUCCAGACUGGUCACAUGGAGGAAUUCCGGUCAUCUUUCCAACCUUUGGGAAUGUGGACGACGGACGAAUUAUGAGAGUGGGAGACCAGCGGGACAUGCUUCGGCACAUGAAGAGCGUUCCUCAUCAUGGCUUCGCAAAGGAUUGUGUAUGGGAUCUCGUCACAAGGCAUGAACCCAGAGAUCCCUCCAAUUGCCUGGACAUUGAAGAUACCGGGGGAAACAGCUGUCGAGGCAGUUGCCCAUCACAGGCACUGUUACGGUUGUCCCCGCUCAACGUGCCUGUUGACUUGGGAGGUUCCUGGCUGAGAGAAUCUGGAGAGUGGGAGAUAUUGUACAGAAUCACCUUACGUAGCGAUGGCCUGAUGCUAGAUCUGUGCAUUGGGAAUAACAACACUGUCGGCAACGCUUUUGGGGAUUUGCGGGCCAAAAUAUUGUUUCACAACUAUUUUCGCGCCUCGAGUCCAGGAAAUAUCAGCAUUCAUGGAUUGCACGACUCUCAUUCCCUGCCCCCACCAGGCGCCGUCAGCUCCUUGCACCCUCAUGAUCCUUUACGCUUCAAGGUGGGGGCAUUUGUUGACCAGGUUUGGAGGUUAAAGCCCGACGACGCGAUGAGUGUGAUUGUGGAAGACGACGAAAACAAAAUUACAGCUGGCAUUGGAAUUAUGACGAGUAAUUUGCCCGACCUCGUUCUCUGGGCACCAGAAAUACAUGCGCCGGUAGAGCCAGGGGUUCGCUUUAUUUGUGUUGAGAGGGGAAGCGUUGUCGAGCCAUUUACAGUUCCCACUGGGGGAGUUGUCUUUCUAAGGCAGGUGCUGACCGAUAGAUGA